AUGAAACAGGCAACAGAUAUCCUCCACCGGAAGAAGUGGAAGAUGGACCCAGAGAAAUACACUUCUGAUGACCCUGAAUCGCGAGCGAAGCUUUGCUUCGUAACGGUUGGUGCGACUGCCUCCUUCAACUCCCUUGUUCGGGAGGUCCUAAGCCUACCUUUCCUCGGGGCGUUACGAGAGCAACACUACACCCACCUUCUCUUGCAAUUUGGCCAACUGGGAUACGAGCUUUUUGAUGAAUUUAUCAGAGAACACGGCCCGGAUCUAAAAGAGAAAUUUGGCCUGAGGAUAGAAGGGUUUGACUACAACAUAGACGGCCUGAAAAAGGAGAUGAUGGCUGUCAAGGCCAAUGCCGGCGUUCACAGGGACGAAGGGAUGAUCAUCAGCCAUGCCGGAUCUGGGACCAUCCUCGAAGCAAUGCGUUUUGGUGUCCCACUGGUUGUAGUACCGAAUCCUGAGCUCUUGCACAACCAUCAAGCCGAGCUCGCCCACCAGUUGUCGUCCGUGGGAUACGUGAUGUAUGGCAAACUCGGGUAG